CCGGGCGUGAUGUCACGGCAGGCUAACACAGGCUUCGGCGCCACAACUCUGUGUCCCCAGAUCUCCAACGUGUGCAGAUGGCUACGCUUCCUCCUGCCGGACGCAGAUGGGGCCUCCGUCGAGUUUGUGCGCUCCCCGGACAAUGUACGGGCGUAUGUGGACAACUUGACGGAGGCACGGCUAAACAGGGCCACCAUCUGCAUGCACCUGGACAAUCUCCUGCGGUUCGUGGCAUUUGUCAGGGAGCAGUCGGGCCCGGAGUACGACGCCGAAUGCGACACCUUUGCCGCGGCCCUCAAGUCGGCAAUGCGGGGCAUCAGGCGCGAGGGGGAGCCCGCCAAAAGCGCCAAGCUAGUGAUCGGACCACAAACCACCCUGUACCACUGCCAGACGAUCCUCCGCAGGGCCCAGGAGGACGUGACCGCUGUCCAGACCAAUUUGGACCAGGAGCGCCACGUCACGGAGGAGAACCAGACGCGACUCCGGCAGUACUGCGUGGCCCUGCUCCUGCUCAAGGCGUGCGUCAAGCCGUGGGUGGUGGAAAACCUGCAGACGAGAGAGUGGCUGGAGCGCACCAGCUACGGCGGCUUUGUGGCGGUCACUUGCCGUCGGCAGGAUGGACAUGAGUCCUCCUUUGCCCUGGGGGAGGACGACGCCUCUCUCAUUGAGACCUACUUCAAAAAAGUUAGGUCAGGCGUUGUGAGGGACACCAAGACGGUCGAGACCCAUCUCUUCCUCUACCGCUCUGGGGCCGUCAUCACCAGCGCUCACGUGGAGUUGUGCCGCCUUCAUCGCCAGUGAGUGAAGUUGUUUUUCGAGGCGGUGGAGGGGUGUAAUAAAACUUUACAAAGUCAAGUUUAAUCAGAUCA